CGUGGUGAAGUCGGUCUGACGUUGGGUUCAGCAGCACAUACGGGUCCCGCAGUACUCGCGCAUGCCAACAGCGAACUGACUUCGUCGUGGUGUAAAGUGUAGAAGAGAGUCAACAGGACCAAAACAAGGCUCCGCAGAGACAGACAACGAAGUAGUCCGCGAAUGACCGAAAAACAAGACGUUAUGAACGCCUGUGACAGCCACGAAAGUGGCAAGAAAAUCGGACGAACGUCGCUGCUGGACAGCGGCGAGGACUUCGAGGUUUUAGAUGAAGAAGACAUUGACGACGACCCUCCUCCUCUGGAAGAUGCCGGAGGUGGGAAGGGGAACAACUCCGAAGAGUCUGAAAAGAAAAAUACCGACUCUGAUUCAGACCCUGCGGGUCCGAUGGACGAAUGGAUGGAUGUAUUAGGUAAUGGCCAGCUGAAGAAAAAGGUCCUGGAGGCGGGGGAAGGCCGAGACAGUCGGCCACAGAAGGGACAGAAUGUAAAGAUUAAUCUCAAAACGUACCUGAAGGACGGGACGCUGGUCGCGGAGCAGACUGACCUCUCUUUCACUCUCGGAGACGGAGAUGUCAUCCAGGCUCUGGAUCUGACCGUACAACUCAUGGAAAUGGGAGAAAAGGCCCUCGUCCAGGCCGAUGCAAAAUAUGCAUACGGUGUCCGGGGGAGUCUCGAGCCAGAGGUUCCCUCCAACUCUGAACUAUCCUUAGAAGUGGAACUGCUGGAAGCUAUUGACGCGCCAGACCUGGAGCUGCUGCCCCCCGCAGACAAAAUCGCCCUGGCCAGCCUCAAGAGGGAGAGGGGCAACGUUCAUUAUCAGCGCGCCGACUACGCCUUUGCAGUGAAUUCGUACAGCAUCGCCCUGCAGAUAACAGAGUCUAGUUCCAAAGUUGACAUUAGUCCUGAGGAGGAAAAUGAACUGAUGGGCGUAAGAGUGAAGUGUUUAAACAACAUGGCUGCUUCUCAGCUCAAGCUGGACCACUUUGACGCCGCACUCAAAUCUUGUGUCUCAGCGUUGGAACACGAGCCAGAAAACAUAAAAGCCCUUUUCCGCAUGGGCAAGGUACUUUCCUUGAAAGGUGAAUAUACAGAAGCCGUUAAAACUUUGAGGAAGGCGCUGAAGUUGGAACCAAGCAAUAAGACGAUCCACGCGGAGCUCUCCAAGCUGGUGAAGAAGAACUCUGAGCAGAGGGGAGCGGAGCAGGCCAUGUACAAGAAGAUGCUGGGUAACCCGGGCGGCAGCGGCGGCUCUCAGAAACACCAGGCCACGCCCACAUGGGGCCUCAGCUGGAAAUGGCUGUUCGGCGCCACAGCGGCAGCCAUUGGAGGUGUAGCGUUAUCGGUUGUCAUAGCUGCAAGAAAUUGAUAGGUGGUGGAUUGGUCGGUGCGUUGCCUCAUCCCCGUCCCUCACCUUUCUCUGCUGUGUUUGAGAACUAUACUUGACAAAUCUUAAAACGGACGCAGAUGGGAGCUGUGUCUCUAUCAUUCUCAAUUUGUAGGUUUAUGCACAUCUGUCAUGUUGCCAGACACUGUUUUCCUUCGCUGCCAUUGUUCUGGUCUUUGGUAGUUGAGGUUAACAUGCAGUCUAAAGGGUUAAAGUAACUUACUAUUGAUUCAUAUACGAGCUAGUUACACGUAUGUCUUUUCCCACAUUAGCUAUUGUGAUACAGUCCUUUUGUUAUGCUCUAGUUUUGAAGCUUCAGAUUGUUCCGCAAAAUCAAUCAUUCCUAUCCAAGAGAAAAUAAGUGAUUUCACUUUUUCUGUUUUAAUUGAGGUCCAAUGUCUCAUAUAUGUAGAAUGAUGUAAUGCAGAUGCUUUAUUAUUAUAGUAACUGGCCUGUGUGCCACCCUUUGUAAAGACUACUCACAGACCAAUGCAAACAGUAAUGCAACACUUCCAUUGUGGAAGCGGUUUGUGUGCUGACUCACUUCAGGGUUGUGAUGUCAUUGUGAAAAGUGUUCCUGAAAUUGUAUCCACCUCGUUUCAAUGUGUGUAGAGGAGCAAACCUACAGUGAACACAAAACAAUGGAAUAUAAUAAAAUACUACAAACUAUGCUAACAUGGCUGCUGGCGGUGGGGGUGGAUUCUAUUUGCUCUGUGUAUACAUAUAUUUAAGCAGCAGCUGAAAUAGAUGCACUGUUCUUUCAUAUGUAAAAUUACAAAUUUCUAGUCAACAGAGGUGCACUUAUUACAUUUAAAACAAGUAGUUUCUCAGUGACCUGGCUCCGUGUCAUGCUGAAGGAGUUUAUUUUUAUUAUUAAAUUUGUCUAUUAUACCUCACUUUUUGACUAAUAAGACCAAAUGUUGAAGAAUGACUCUUCGAGUACCGCGUAUGUAAAUGGGUUUGCGUUUCUUUUGUUUUGUCCCCCACAUGUUUUGCCUGUCAAGUAUUUAUGGAAAUGAUUUUGUUUAUUCCACCGUUGUUUUCUCACCUACAGUUAAUGCUUCUUCAGAGUAGAUGGUUGUCCGACAGCUGAAAGUUGCCAGCGUUUGUUCAUUUUGUACUCGUCACAAUAAAAUAUGUCCGUCAUCAUGCCAA